UGAAUCUAAAGGAGAUUCAACAGCGGAAUCGUGGGUGGGCCCAGAUGGAAGAGUGUACCAUAGCCAUGAUGGACUGGCACCACAUUCACAUGAACCCAUAUACUCACCUGGCUACUUUAGCAGAAGAGCACCUCCACUUAUCACCAGGAAUUUCAACGAAAGAGCUUUCACAAUUGGUAUUGGGGGCCCUGUUGGUACUGGGAAAACAGCUUUAAUGCUGGCUUUGUGUAAAUUCUUGCGAGACAAGUACAGUCUUGCUGCGGUGACUAAUGAUAUAUUCACAAAAGAGGAUGGCGAGUUCUUGGUGAAGCAUGGAGCACUUCCUGAGGAAAGGAUACGUGCUGUGGAAACGGGAGGCUGUCCACAUGCUGCUAUUCGAGAAGACAUCAGCAUCAAUCUUGGGCCUCUUGAGGAGCUUUCAAACUUGUACAAAGCUGAUAUACUUCUCUGUGAAUCUGGGGGAGACAAUCUAGCUGCCAAUUUCAGCAGGGAAUUGGCUGACUAUAUAAUUUAUAUUAUAGAUGUAUCCGCUGGUGAUAAGAUCCCUCGAAAAGGAGGCCCAGGGAUCACACAAGCUGACCUUCUUGUAAUAAACAAGACUGACCUUGCACUGGCUGUUGGAGCUGAUUUGGCAGUCAUGGAGCGUGAUGCACUUCGGAUGCGGGAUGGUGGUCCUUUUGUUUUUGCUCAGGUUAAGCAUGGAGUCGGCGUUUGA